AUGGGGAUCGCUUCCAUUGGGGAUCCACAGUUGUUUCCAACCGCCUGGAGCGUAGGUAGCGUGCAGGUGCAGGUUGACUUGCGGUUAGCACUUAGCGUCGGGAGAGCAGCCUGGAAGAGAGACCGCGAGCAACUGAAGGGCGCUGGACGCUGGAUGAGGAAAUCCGACCACGAGCCCGCUGUCAAUUCUAUAGUAUGCACAUUCCAAUUUGAAUUCUAUCACUGAGUACAGCAGAUACCAAGACUUGGUACUUCUCCAGCGUAUGCUGAAAUCGUACGCUUAGAGGUAUCAUCACUUCAUCCUGACAUCACUCCCUGUGAUAGCCUUCUCACCCUUCAGGUUAAGACACGCGGCUGGAAGGUCGGUUCUGGGCCUCGGCCACCGCAGAUGAUUUGCUUUUACUUCCUUUCCAGUACAUUUACCUUCGUACCGGCGCAGCGCAGCAAAUUCCAGCAAACGCCCAAUCCAACGCCUCUCCGCGUUCCAGUGCGAGCGCCAGCACCACCUAA